AUGGCGAAAAAUAAGAAAGCAACUAGAAAGUUUGAAAAAAAAAAUUUAAAACAAACCAUAGAGAAACGACGUAAAGUACAAAAAUUUAAAAAAAGUGUUGAGAGACGUCAAUUUAAAAAAAGAUUAUCGAGAAAUGAAGCUCAAAACGAUAACAAUAAUAUUAAUUUGUCCAAAAAUAUGAAAACUGAUCAAAAACUUGUUGACAGCGAUGAUUUAAUAAGCGAAGAAAUUGUUAAGUUAAAAGGAAUGAAAGAUCUUGCGUUAUCAGAUUCAAAUGAAGAAUCUUUAGAAGAGGAUGAUGAUGAGAUCUUCUUAGCUAGUGAUGAUGAAGAAAGAACAGAACUAAGUGAUGUAAUUAAUAAAGAAGAUGAUGGUGAUGAUCAAAAUUAUAAACAAUCAAAAUCCUACAAGCAAAAGUUGUCUGUGCAGAAGGAUGCUUUAGAACUUAAGAAACAAAUUGAGGAAUUAGAGCAUAAAGAUCCAGAAUUUUAUAAUUAUUUAAAGACAAAUGAUCAAGAGUUAAUAGAAUUCGACGUAUCAGAUUUUGAAUCAAAUAGUGAAAAAGAUGAUAGUGAUGAGGAUGAUAUUGUAAUCGAAGAAGACUCUAAUAGUGAAAAUGAGAGUUUAAACGAGGAUAUUAAUGAAAAAGAGGAAAAAGCAGCUUUGAAGGAAUUUGAAUUAGAUGAUGAUAUUAGUAAUGAGAAUAUUCAGGAUUUAACAUCUGAAAUGAUUGAUAAAUGGGCAUCUACUAUAACUGAGAGCAAGUCCUUGAGAUCUACACAUAAAUUAGUUUUGGCUUUUCGUGCGGCAACACAUAUUAAUCAAGAUGAAGCUAUGCAGUCAUUUGCAUAUAAAAUAUCCAGUCCAUCAGUGUUUAAUAAUCUGGUGGUGGUUUGCUUGAAACAUGUUCCUGAUGCUUUUGAUCAUCAUUUGAACGUUAAGGAUUCCGAUGCAAAAAAUCCAAAGUCAAUUUGUUCGCGCCGUAAAUGGAAAUCAAUACAAACUUUAGUGAAGUCCUUCUUAAAUAGUGUUCUUUAUAUCCUUAAACAAUUAACGGAAAAUGAUACGCUAUAUUUUAUCAUCAAGGAAGCAGAAAAAUUAGUUCCCUAUUACUCAUGUUUUCCAAAAUUGGCGGGCCAAUACUUGAAGGUAUUAUUGCAACAUUGGGGAACUGCAGAAGAUAAAGUUCGAGUUGUAGCUUUUAUCAAUAUUCGAAAGCUUGCAUUAGUUGCUCCACCUCCGUUUGUCGAUCUUUGCCUUAAGGGCAUUUAUACUACGUUUGUUCGAUGUUGUAAAGAAACUUCAAUUUUUACACUACCUUCCAUUAUUCUUAUGAGAAAUUGUGCUAUUGAGAUUUAUGGACUUGACUUUAAGAGCUCUUAUCAGUCUGCCUUUGGAUACAUUAGACAGCUAGCUAUUCAUCUCAGGAAUUCCAUGAAUAUGAAAAGCGAGGAAACGUUUAAUGCAGUAUAUAAUUGGCAAUAUAUACAUUGUAUUGAACUUUGGUCCGAAGUAUUGGCAACAUAUUGUGACGAACAACGCGUUGCAACUACUGGGCAAAAUUCUUUACAGGAAUUGAUCUACCCAUUGGUUCAAGUAUGCAUCGGAGUAUUAAGAUUAAAUCCUUCUGCGCAGUAUAUCCCACUUCAAUUUCAUUGCAUACGUGCAUUAAUUCGUUUAGCACAAAAAACUGGAACUUAUAUUCCGCUUGCUCCUUACCUUUUUGAAAUUUUGCAUUCUGCUGAAGUGCGCAGAAAUGCAAAACCUUCUACAUUGAAACCAUUGGAUUUUACAAUACAUUUGAAGUCACCAAAAAAUUAUCUACAUACAAGCGUAUAUCAGGAAGGAAUAUGUGAAGAGCUUACUGAGAUUUUAUUAGAGUACUAUGCAAGUUAUUGUUUAUCAAUAGCUUUCCCAGAAUUAAUAAUACCAGCUGUCUUUCAAAUUAAACGAUUUAUUAAAGAUUCCAAAAAAUUUAAAAUAAAUAAACAAUUCCAACAUUUAGUUCAAAAGUUUGAAGAAAAUGGAAAAUUUAUUGAACAUCGACGACAACAUGUUGAUUUUGGACCUGGAGAUACCGAAAAAGUGAAAUCGUUUUUGAGAGAUGUUAACAUGGAUUCGACGCCCCUGGGAGCAUAUGCGAAAAAAAUUAAGAAUUUAAAAGAGCAACGAAGAAAAUUAAUGGAAUCUGUUGCUGAAAAAUUUUUUUUUUAA